ACCCCGCUCCUUCUUGAGGCACGCACGCGCGCGCGUCCCCGCGGCCCAAUGACAGCGCGAGACCGGAGCGAACGGAGACGCGAGGCGACGCUGACGGAGAAGCGCGCGCCGAUGGAGGCCAAGCCGCCGGUAUUAUAGCAGGAUGCAGUAAGACGCCGUAACGUGUCACAAAGGGGCAGAGACUCUCAUCUGGCCACGGCCCCUGAUCCUCCCCACAACUCCAGAAGAUGUACAGCGGUGCGGCGCGAGGCGUCAGCCAUAUUGAGGGCAGCCCAGCUCGUUCUCCUCGCCUGCCCCGAUCGCCCCGUCUGGGACACCGCAGGGUGACCAGUGCCAGCUCGAGUGCCAAGACUCUGUCCAUGGAGAACAUCCAGUCUCUAAACGCCGCCUACGCUACGUCAGGCCCCAUGUAUCUGAGUGAGCAUGAGGCUGUGGGCUCCACCGCCACCUACCCCAGAGGCACCAUGACGCUGGGACGCGGCGCCAGCCGGGCUGUCUACGGCGGACGCGUUACGGCCAUGGGUAGCAGUCCUAAUAUCGCGUCCGUGGGCCUGGGACCGCACGCCGACCUCCUCUCUUACGGCGAACUGGGCUCUCUGGGCUCACUCGCCCUGCAGCAUCACCAGCAGGGGGCACUUCAGGCACAGCUCCGGGACAUGCAGCGCGAGAACGACAUCCUGCGCCGAGAGCUGGAGCUCAAGGAAAGCAAGCUGGGCUCCUCAGCAAACAGCAUCAAGAGCUUCUGGAGCCCUGAGCUGAAGAAGGAGCGCGGAAUGAGGAAGGAGGAGGCGGCGCGCACCUCCGUGCUGAAGGAGCAGAUGAGGGUGACGCACGAGGAGAAUCAGCACCUGCUGGACGCUCGCAGGACAAAGCAUCUUCAGAUGACCAUUCAGGCUCUUCAGGAUGAGCUGAGGACACAGCGUGACCUGAACCACCUCCUGCAGCAGGAAAGCAACUCCAGACCUGCUGGAGCCGAACACUUCACCACCAUCGAGCUGACCGAAGAGAACUUCCGCCGCCUGCAGGCCGAACACGACCGCCAGGCCAAGGAGCUCUUCCUUCUGAGGAAGACUCUGGAGGAGAUGGAGCUGAGGAUUGAGACGCAGAAGCAGACGCUUGGCGCCAGGGACGAGUCCAUCAAGAAGCUGCUGGAGAUGCUGCAGAGCAAAGGGCUCCCCCCGGUCACUGGUAGAACCACGGACGAGGAGGAGCAGGACAGGGCGAGACGAAUCGCAGAGGCUGAGGCUCAGCUAGGCCACCUCGAGGUCAUACUGGACCAGAAGGAGAAAGAGAACCUUCAUCUGAGAGAGGAGCUUCACCGAAGAAACCAGCUGCACCAGGACCCGAGCAAGACCAAAGCCCUGCAAACGAUCAUAGAGAUGAAGGAUACGAAGAUUGCGUCUCUGGAGCGGAACAUCCGAGACCUGGAGGACGAGAUUCAGAUGCUGAAGGCCAACGGCCUGCUGAGCACCGAAGACCGCGAGGAAGAAAUCAAACAGAUGGAGGUGUACAAGAACCACUCCAAAUUCAUGAAGACCAAGAUUGAUCAGCUGAAGCAGGAGCUGUCGAAGAAGGAGUCAGAGCUGCUGGCUCUGCAGACGAAGCUCGAGACUCUGAACAAUCAGAACUCAGACUGCAAGCAGCACAUCGAGGUUCUCAAAGAGUCUCUGACGGCCAAAGAGCAGCGAGCUGCUAUCCUGCAGACUGAGGUGGACGCCCUGCGGCUGCGUCUCGAGGAAAAGGAGUCCUUCCUCAAUAAGAAGAGUAAGCAGCUGCAGGACUUGACUGAGGAGAAAGGCACACUCGCUGGGGAGAUCCGCGACAUGAAGGACAUGCUGGAGGUCAAAGAGCGCAAGAUCAAUGUGCUGCAGAAGAAGAUUGAGAACCUGCAGGAGCAGCUGCGAGAUAAAGAUAAACAACUGGGGAACCUGAAGGACCGAGUGAAGUCCCUGCAGACCGACUCGACCAACACGGACACGGCGCUUGCCACACUGGAGGAGGCUCUGUCCGAGAAGGAGCGAAUUAUCGAGCGUCUGAAGGAGCAGAGAGAGCGGGAGGACCGGGAGCGCAUGGAGGAGCUCGACUCGUACAAGAAAGAGAACAAGGAGCUGAAGGAGAAGGUCAGCAAUCUGCAGGUGGAGCUUACAGAGAAAGAGUCGAGUUUAAUAGACCUGAAAGAACAUGCCUCUUCUUUGGCCUCGUCCGGCCUGAAGAAAGACUCUAAGCUGAAAUCUUUGGAGAUCGCCAUCGAGCAGAAGAAGGAGGAGUGCAGUAAACUGGAGACGCAGCUGCAGAAGCAAGCCGAGCAGCUGUUCAAUCAGAUGAACAACCCUAAGGCCCACGAGGUGGAGGUCCAGCAGGGUUCUCGGGGGAACCCGGACUACAUGGAGCGCGUGAAGCUCCUCGAAAAGGAGGUGGCCUUCUAUAAGGAGGAGUCAGGGAAAGCACAGACGGAGGUGGAGAGGCUGCUGGAUAUACUCCGUGAUGUGGAGAGCGAGAAGAAUGACAAGGACAAGAAGAUUGCUGAGCUGGAGAGUCUUGCACCACGGCAAAACAAAGACCAGAACAAAAAGGGUCCUGGCAUAAAGCUUGGCCAGCAAGGAGAGAAAAAGGGCAGCAGCAUCCUGCCGGACCCUCGCAAGGACAACCCCAUGGACAAUGCCAAGAUUGAGGAGUUGAUGACGGUGCUGGAAAAGACAAAGCAGGAGCUCGAAGCCACUAAGCAGCGCUUGUCCUCAACCCAGCAGUCUUUGGCCGAGAGGGACAGCCACCUGACCAACCUCAGACAGGAGAGACGCAAACAGCUGGAGGAAAUUCUGGAGAUGAAGCAGCAGGCCCUGCUGGCUGCCAUCAGUGAGAAGGAUGCCAACAUUGCCCUACUGGAGCUUUCCUCUUCUAAUAAGAAGAAAACCCAGGAGGAGGUGAUGUCAUUAAAGCGUGAGAAGGAUAGACUAAUGCAGCAACUCAAGCAGCAGACCCAGAGCAGAAUGAAAUUAAUGGCUGACAACUAUGAAGAUGACCACUACCACCCUCAUGGUCCCUCUCACCACCUCCAACCGGGGCCACCCCACCCACACCCCCACCCCCACCCACAGGCCCCGCCUCCUGCCCAGGGCCAGCCUCUGUUCCCACAUGCCCCCCUUCCUCAACAGCAAGCCCCCUACCCACACACCCUCCAUCCCCAACAUCCUCAACCCCUCCCUCCACACCCUCAUCCUCAACAGACACCGCAUCCACCAUACCCCCAACAUCCCCAGCCGCCUGGCCCCCACCAACACCCACCCAGGCCCCAACAGCCCCACCCACAGCACCAGCAUGCUGUUCCCCCUCCUCAGCAACACCCGCAGCACCCGCAGCACCCUCAGCAUGGGCCGCCACCCCAGCAGGGCCCCCACCCCCAACACCCCCAACACCCUCAACACCCCCACCACCCUCCUCAUGUCGCUCCUCACGGGCCGCACCCUCGACAUCCAGCCCCCCACCACCGGGCUCCUGCCCGUGGGCCGCCUCACACAGGACACAGACCCACUCCAGAUCCGGAUGACGAGGAGGGCAUUUGGGCAUAACCAUUUCCAAACCAAAGCUGUGCUGAUCUUUUAUAGGAUGAAAGUUGGAGGUGCAUAGCCAUGUCAUACAGGUGAAACUAUCCAUUAUCCACUUGGCCGGACUCUAUCUCCUAUCAGACUGAUGCUUCAGCAGGGGCCCUUCACACUGAGGAAGAGGAGCAGGAGGGGUGUGAGUGUGUGAGGCCAGUGUGCAGACUCACACCCAAGCAGAUGAGAGAAGAGAUCAGGAUGGAGUGAUGUGCAGGUCUGGAUGUUGGAGACCCAAAUGAAGCUGGUGCCUGAUGGAAUACCGAUUUGGAGGACCUUUCUUGAACAAGAACCUGUAAGAUGUCCUCACAUGCAGUUGACCUGCUUUCAUCCCUCUCACCUGCUUGUCUCCAGCCACUUAUAUGUGACUCUGUCUGCUUGUCCACGCCCCCUCUUUGACUCAGCUGCUGAGCCUGGAUGAUGGGUCCCGUCAAUCAAAACAAUAAUCAUUUCACCCCUCUUCGUCAACUGCCAGAAGGUUCCAUGGUCAUGACUUGAAAAACAAUGUUUGACAUUGUUUAAAAAAUCCAUUGUCUAGAAUGUUUUUACUGUUUUGUUGCAAAAUUAUAAUUUGAUAAACGGUUCAGUUCAUAUUAGUGUUGAGUAAAUUGGGGAAGUUUGAGGGAAGUUUCUGGUGUCUUGUUAGUGACACUGGGGAGUUAGCUGGACAUCAUGGCAAGUUUAGAUAAAGUACAGAUCUAUCCCAUCAUUGGAUGCUGUCUGUGCAGCAUUAUGGUCGACUCUUAUAAUCUGUUUCUAGUGUGCUGGUCAGAAAAUGCAUAUGUAACAUUUUGAGAGUGCCUCUUGACAUAAUCCUUACAAAAGGACCCUUGAGGACUGUAUCCAAGUUAUGGUAAUGAGCUAGCUAGCCAUCUAGUGAUGUGGAUAAUGUUUAGCUAAAUUUUAUAGUGAGAGUGACUAACUAUCAAGCUAGCUAUCUAUUUUGCAAUCUCUCUUUAGUUACUCAAAUGCUAGACAGUUCUAUUUAGUACCUUAUUUAGGGUGCUAUUAGCUGGCUAACUAAUUAUGUUUUGUUUACUGUAUGGUACUCCAAUGAGAGCCCACUUGCUAGCUUACUUAAUAGCAAGCUAACUCAAUCAAGCUAGCUACAGCCAACCUUAUCAAGAUUUCCAAUUUAUAGUUUAAUCUUGUACGUAAGCGGGAUGGUCAUUUAUGCAUUGUAAUUAACUAUGUGAGUGAUUUCCUCCAACUGAUUUCAGGGGGUGCCUCUAUAAUCAAUAUGUCAACUGUAUUGGUUGCUCUUUCUGCUCAAGUUCCUCAUUGGAGUCUUGGUUUUAUGUGUGACACCACACACCUAUGCACCUCCUCUGCCAUCAACUUUGGGCUGCUGUCUCCAUCCAAAGCAUCACCACCAUCAUUAUGAGGUAAAUCACCAAAAUGGGCUUAAAAAAAUGAAACAGAAUCUCCUACCCGACUCCAGGGUUUUAUUCCUAAUGGUGCUUUUAUUGGUGCUCUACACCUAAACAUGGAUAGAAACAGCCAUCGCUACACUGACUGGUGUCCUGCUAUGAUGCGUUGUUUUGCUAUUAAUUGAGAGACACUUGAUUGGUCAAGGUUCAAGUCUGUGAUACAGGUGCUUGGAAACUAUAUCAGUAUACUCACUGUUCAAUUCAGAACAAAAUUAUCUGACUGUUGUUAUUUGAAGUCAAAGAGUCGUGUAACCCACAGAGUCCAGGAAGAUAAUUAAGCUCUUUUUCUUAGAGACAGUAGACGUAUACCCCAUUUGAUAAAGCACAGAGUGCUAAGGACCUGAUCAAGUCAAAGGUCAAAAAGUCAUAAUGUCAUGACCUGAGUAUCUCAUUAGAGGUCAUUUCUUUCCCUUGCUGUACCAUGCUUGAUUCCCUUGACAACAACCCCCUAAAUCCUAAUCACUGCUCCUGUCAUACAUAGUGGCUAGUGCCUGGACAAAAUAGAUCUAUACAUUGGUGUAUAUCAAGUGGUGGUCAGAAUGUUGUGCCCACAAAUGCAUAUUGCAAAAAAAAAGUAGAAAACAUGUUUUAUUUCCCGAGGGAUAAUUCUGCCAAGUGCUCUGGUGUCUCUACUACAAACCUUCAGUGUGAGGCCCAUCGCAAGAUCUUGUCAUGAAGAUCUAUGCAAAAGAAAUAUGUGAAUUAAAAAUAAAUAGAAAUAAACAAAUGCAGUGGUCCUAUGUUGAAAGACUUUUGUAGAAAUAGCAGAAUUUGCUUAACCUAGCUGGACAGGCACUUCUUUGUUGCAGCUUAAGAAAACACAUAACAACAAGAGUCCCUCCCAGAUAGCACCCAAACAAGGAUAAACUGGUGUGUUCUCUCCCUCACUGUGAUCUUUGGGCAUCUUCUUGCCACGUGAUAGGCAGAUUUAUCUCGCGUUACCUUCAUGAGCUGCAACUUCCCUAACAAUGUCGUUUAGCUCAAGAACACAUGACUGAACACAUCAGAAGAUGAAUAAAUAUUCUGACUUGUCUAUGCAAGAAAAUUGGAAUAUUAUAAGCAUGCGUUAACAGUGUUGUGGUGAUGUCUUACCAAUGAGCAAAUAAAUUGGCUUUUAUUUUGUUUGAAAAGUAAAUUACGCACAUUGUGAUGAUGUUGGCUUGUUUGUGUGCCAUCUUGGUUCUGGUAGCUCAGUUGACUGUGACUUUCUCUUGGUGGCUAUUAAGCAAGAGGAUUAUACAAAUUUUUGGCAAAUUGCCUGUGUUUUCUUGAUGUUCUUAGCUGACAACCAGAGAAUCUGCAUCUGUGGUGGCUUGAUUGUUCAUUGUAGAGUAAUAAGACCAAGACCUGACUGUUAUUAUUGAUCUUUUUGUACAGUUACUGUGAUUUCUUCUUCCGCAUUGCCACUGUUCUAGACUGAACCUUUCUCAAUUCUAUAACAUUCAAAUUGUCACUUUAGUCAUGGAACAUCAUGCCGCUGUUGUAGAAUGUAUCUUGCUCACUUCUAGGCUGCUUUUAGACACUGCUGUUAUUGUUCACUCAAUGCUGAAUCUAGAACGUCUAGAGCUUUAGCGACUGCUGUUGUUCAUGAACACUCAUUUGUAGUCGUGACCCUUGAAGUGUCAUUUCAUCACAAUUCGAGACUGCUGCUGUGUUUAGAACAUUUACUUGUUACCUUUACUUACCUGCGGUAUCUGUGGAACAUUCUCGCAGUUCUAGAUUUCUCUUUUUCCAAAAGCUAGCCACUUUUUGUUGCUUUCAAAUGUUUGCUUGUUGCUCUAGCUCUGGAAUGGCAUGUUGCUGUUCUACAGUGUGUCUAAUUUUCCCGAAAUUUAUUUAUGUUAUCUAGAGUUCAUCAUUUUCCAUUGUAGAAUAUUAGCUAUGGAUGUUUUCCUAAAACAUUUUCUUGUUAGUGUAGUUCCUGUAAUUAUUGUCCCAAUGUACAUCUUUCUCACUGUAAAACAUGAACCACUGCUGUUCUACAAGGUUAACUUGAGGCGGUAGUUAUGGAAUGCCAUGUUGUCACUAUUUUAGAGUAUCUUUCCUCAUUCUCUAAUGUUGUUUUAAUAAGCUGACUUGCUGCCCUGCUUUGGAAUGCCUUGUUGUCAUGUCUGGAGUUCUAGACCACACUUUUCUCACUUACGGAGCAUUCAGUGUGUAGUCAAACAGACAAAACGCUUGACAGUAAUGCGGAUAAAGUCGUGUGAACAUUGUCACUUCACAACUGGGAAACAUAAGCUGAGCAUAAGCUAGCUAAUGACUGUGGUGAGUGAGUGAACAUAGUAAAGCAAAGUGGUGGAGAAAAUAAGCCAGAACUAAAAGUACAAAGGAAAGACAUCCGAUAAAUGAUACAGAGAAAUCAAGAAAUCAAUGAUAAAGAGAAAUCAAGAAAUCAAUGAUACAGAGAAAUCAAGAAAUCAGUGAUACAGAGAAAUCAAACUUAGAUGUUUGUACUCAUGUACUUCCUUUUAAAAAAGAAAAAAGUUCAACAAGAACAUGAAAUUGAAGUGGAAUCUUCUCGUAAAUACAAUGUGAAUACAACUUCACUCAAAAGCCACUAGUUGCUCUAGAACAGUAUUCCUCAAACGGAGUUACCCAUAGCCACGUGGGUAGUUGGAAAUACUACAAACAAUACAGAAAUGAAUAUUCCUUUUAAGUGGAAAAGAACAUAAUGGCAAAUGAGAUGCUGCAAUGACUAAAAUUACUAAAAAAAGAAAACUGAAAUACUGACAGUUUCAAGAUAAACACUGGUUUACUCUGUUUAUUGCAUUUAUGGUCUUUUUCCUAAGAUUUUUUUUCCUAAAAAAUGUUACAACCUCAACUUGGUGUAAAAGAUUGUUACCAGGGGAUACUGCUAGCAAAACGUUUGAGAACCACUGCUCUAGAUAGUCUGCUGGAAUGUCCUGGAGCAUCGUGUAACAGUCGUUGAGUGCUGUCUUUAACUUAGAGUGUUUCUGAUGCUACGUGCUCCUCAUCAUCACCAGUACAGAGCCGACUCAGUCGUUUGAGGGAUCUUUAACCUCACAACACAAUGAUCUUAUGUGCAAUUACGUGUUUGUAGUCUGUAAGUGUAACUUUUGGACAGAAAUGAAAAAACGUCAAAGGAUUUUUCUUUCAAUCCUCCAUUUUCAGGUUCUUUAACCAACUGGAUACUUGAAGCAGGAGUGAAAUCUCCUACCGUGAAAAACAGACAUGUUAUAUGUGGGAAAUGUAAUGUAGAAUAUAUAUAUAAACACACACACACACACACACACACACACACACACACACACAUAGAUCCGAUGGUACAUGUUGAAUUCCGUGCCAACUGCUCGUCGUACUGGGGAUGGGUGUAUAAACACACACUUCACACUCCUCUAAUGAAAAAGACUAUGGGUCUGAGACUGAGAAAAAACUGAGGAAAAAAAAAUGAACAAAUAUGAGUGUGUGUGUGUGUGUGUGUGUGUGUGUGUGAGAGAGCACCAGUUGUAUAGUUUCUGUUCUUGAUGUCAAAAAUGCAAAACCUCUGGAUGGAUAAAAGAAAAACAAAUCACUGUGACCAAUGCUAGAAAAAAAGAAGAUUAUUUCUUUAUUUAUUUAUUGAACUAAUUUAUUUAAAGUUGUUUUUACUUUUAUUUGUUGUUUUCUGUGUUAUUUAAUUUUUAUAUGUUUUUUUAAAUAGUUUAUGGAUUUGGAAUAUGUCAGAUUUCUAUAUGUAAAUGUCUUUACGAUGUGCAGUAAUGAUACAGAACAAGAAUCAUCGUGAGUGUCCGCAUGCCGAAUGAAUAACGUGCGUGAAACGUGGGAUUUUAUUUUCCACAGUGCAUCAGUCCUCGUGUGUGAGACACACUCCGCAUUGCAGCGUGUCCGGUUUUUCGAGACUGGUAUGUCCUUGUCUGUGCAAAUAACAGAAAGUGUGUUAGCAUGGGUUUUUUGGAAUGCCAUUACGAAUGUCGUACCAUAUGUGUGUGUGUGUGUGUGUGUGUGUGUGUGUGUGUGAGUCUUGCAUGAGUAUUUAGGUAGGAGAGUGUGUGUGUAUGUGUGGGUGUGCGUGUGUAUGCGAGUGUGAGUCAUUACAGGAUGUCCUGUUAGAUCCUGGGUGAGAGUUUGAGGAGUUCAGCAUGAAUUCUGUAUGUCAUGUUCGGUGUUUUUAAUGCGUGACGGGACUCAGCUGUCCCUCUCCACCCCCCAGAUGUUUGCUAUUGUGUGUGUCGUAACCUAAAAUGUUACUGAGUGUCGGCCAGUUGAUUUAUAUCCAUUCAAUAAAGAGUGACAUUCUUUCUGAAA